AUGGCUCUCAACAUUUGGGUUCUGCUAGCUUGUCUAGGAUUGACAAGUCCCGUCUUGUCACAAAGUGUGGAUGGCUCGAAAUAUAACAAUCCAACUGCCGGACCACCUGCUAGCUACUUCGCUGCCGCUACUACUGUCCCUGUCGCUGCGCUGCAAAGUGCGGCCGCGAAGGCUAGUGAAGCGGCCAAGGAUGCCACUUAUCCCAUAAAUUCGGACAAUGGCGCUAAGCGAGUCACCAUUCAUAAGGACUGGACAAACUUUAGUGAGGGCGCAGCUUUUGUGUGGAUCGCCGAUAUGGAUGUGGAUUGCGAUGGCAUCGACUACAAGUGCAAGGGAAACCCAGAUGGGCAGUCCGAGACUAACUUCGGCGCCCUCGCGGCUUACGAAGUUCCGUUUAUUGUGAUUCCUGAUACAUUUGGAACUACAUAUCAAAGUGAUUUGGCCGGCAAUAAUGUUGCUGCCGUAAUCUGUGACAACAAGAUGUUCUAUGGCAUUUAUGGGGACUCGGAUGGUGAUGACCCGGAAGUCAUUGGGGAAGCGUCGUGGCUAAUGGCACGAACUUGCUUCCCAGGUGAGAAUCUUAGUGGGAACAGCGGUCAUGGGAAUGCCGAUGUUACCUAUAUUCUCUUCACUGGAAAUGAUGCGGUUCUCCCUAGUAGCUCUCUCAAUAAGAACUACAUUACUAACUUUAGCACCUUACGCUCCAUGGGAGACAAGCUCAUCACCGCACUUCUGAAAAAUUUGGAUCUAAGCCCGGGUGGUUCCAAAAGCACCACUACAAGUACGAGCACUUCGACCUCAGCGGGACCGGGGCCCACUGGCUCUUGUUCAUGGCCUGGUCACUGCGCGGGCGCCUCUUGCUCUUCCUCUGAUGACUGUUCGGGGGAUCUAGCCUGCACGAACGGAAAAUGUGCAUCGGGGCCUAGUAAUGGUUCUUGCUCCUGGACCGGUCACUGCGCGGGCGCAGCAUGCUCUUCUAGCGACGACUGUUCGGACGACUUGGUUUGUACUGGCGGGAAAUGUGCGAGUACUUAG